AUGGAAAUAUUGCUCGCUCAAGAUGGUGAGGUGCACAAGAGGAUUUUUGGUCCGUCAUUGCCCGCAUUUCAAGCCAUCCGUGAAGUCUUGCUUGCAGGUGAUACAAAUCGCCUCGUUGCGGAAUUGACCUUCGUCAGGCUGAACGAUUUGGCAGCUCCUCCAGAACCAGUGCCACCGAUGCUGUUCAUCGAGAUGAUUGUGGCCUGCGUGGUGAUCUCCAACGCCAUCAUGAUGGGUUUGCAAAUGGACCCAGAAUAUCAUCACUGGGAGGGCUGGUUUUGGAUGGAGUUGUGCUUUACUUCAUUGCUGCUGCUGGAAGUUUGCAUCCGUCUGCGGAUUUUGGGUUGCCAAAAUUUCUUCUGCGGCUUACAGGCUGCUUGGAGCUUCUUCGACCUAUUCUUACUCGGCUGCGCCCUGGUGGAUGUGACUAAAGAAGUUCUGACUCAAGAACACCAAGAUUUGUCUGGCUCAUCUCUGUUGCGUCUUUGUCGGCUCGUGCGCUUGGUGCGGAUCGUGAAGGCCUUUCGGUUGAAGUUUAUGGGUGAGCUUCGGCUCAUGGUAAAGGGCUUGAUUGCUGGCAUUCGAACAUUGACCCUAGCCUUCAUUUUGCUGUUCACCGUACUUUAUGUGAUCGGGGGCUUUGCAACCCUUUGCAUAGGCGACGACCCAAAGACGCAUGAGCUGGGCUUGAAAACCUAUUUCCGAACGUUGCCGGAUUCGAUGUACACUGCAUUCCGUUGCUUCACUGGAGAAUGUGUCAAUGAGUUUGGACAACCUCUCCACUACUUGCUGGCUGCCCAGUUUGGGCUACCCUUCAUCUUUGGCUAUGUUAUGAGCUACAUGCUGGUGACCAUGGGCAUUUGUAAUGUUAUCUUGGCCGUCUACGUGGACAUUACCAUGAAGGCGGCGAAAGAGAACGAAGCGCUCACUGCAGAGCAGCACUCUAGGGAGUCGAUUCGCAUUGCUCGGGUCACCCGAGAGCUGCUGAAAAAGUUUGCGGCAGCAUACGGUGCUUUCCAGGACAUGAUGGAUGAGUCAACACCUCCUCUCUAUCAACGUCUUGACACCAGCAUGUUUACUGACGAUCAAAUACAGGAGAACAUUGCCAUCACGAAGGAGCUGUUCCUGCUAGUGAUCCAAGAUCGCAGAGUACAGGCUUUGAUGGAUGAUUUGGAACUGCCACGUGACCGUGCAAAUCUGUUUGAGAUUAUUGAUGCAGACGGUAGCGGCACACUUCAAGUCGUGGAGCUGGUGCAGGGUUUGUUGAAGAUCCGUGGCGAGGUGAGCAAGAGUGAUACCGUGGCUUCAUAUUUGGCAACCAAAUCCUUGCAAGACACCGUCAACGACAUGAAGGUGCGUGGGUGUGUGUGUGUGUUUUUUUGGAGCCCGCUCCACGCCCCUACUGCUUAA